AUGGAAUGUAAGAUCAUUAGUAGAGCCAGGGUUAUCCAAGAGAUAAACAACAUGCAACUAGAUAUAUCAGGCCUUUCAGAAACCUUCUGGAAGGGAGUAGGAGACUUCACCACAUCAAUUCCUAUGGUCGCCGAGAAUUACAGGAUCCAAGGUAGACUUCAUAACAUCAUCAUCAUUCAAGUGUAUGCUCCAACAACGGACUCAGACGACACAGAAGCUAAAGAUUUCUAUGGAGAAAUCACUGCAUCAGUACGUGCUAAUGCUAAAUCAAGGGGCAAGAUCAUUAUUAGUGGUGACUUCAAUGCGAAAGUAGGCCGAGAUAAGGUUGGGAAUGUGGUUGGCCCGUGUGGUCUGGGGAACCAGGUAGACUACAUCCUCGUCAGCACUAGAUAUCGAAACACCAUUAGGAACGCUAAGACGAGACAGAAUUCAGACUGUGGCUCUGACCACAACCCCGUCGUUAUCAUCACCAACACAAGGCUGAAAAAGAUACAGAGGAAGCCUAGGGUCAAAAGAUGGGACAUCGAAAAACUCCAACGAAUGAAGGAGCAGUUCAAGUCUGAAUGUGAGAACAAGGUGAGCCAGUUUGGGCAGACUGAAACCUCAGACGAACUCUGGAGAGAAGUCAAGGCCACAAUAGAGGAAGCUGCUGAAAACACAUGUGGAAAGACUGUACCCCACAAGAAAAAGCAAUGGAUGACAGCAGAUAUCCUGCAGAAGAUGGAAACUAGAAGGCAGCUGAAGGCCGAUGGAGCACAAAUAGAAUACAAACAACUUAAACGCGAGAUUCAACGGGAAUGUCGUGAGGCCAAGGAACAUCACUUUGAAAAACAAUGUAAGGAACUGGAAUAUCUAGACAACAUAAACAGCAAUAAGCUCCACAAGAAACUGAAAGACAUGAAGGAAAAGAUGCCAAAUACAGUCUCAUCUGUAGAAGUAGAGUCAGUAAUAAACAACCUUUCAAACAAUAAGUCACCAGGGGAUGAUAACAUUCCUGCAGAAUUCCUUAAACAGCAUGGAACAACUGAAUAUUAUGACAAAGCUGUGACAAAGGCAACACAAUGCAGCGACUUCGGCACUACAAGCCUCAUCUCACAUGCCUCCAAAAUAUUGCUGAAAAUUAUACUGGUACGUAUCAGCCCACUCAUCGAGAGACAACUUGACGAGUCUCAGCUUGGCUUCAGAAGUGGAAGGGGAACUCGGGAUGCCAUAUUUAUGCUGCGAAUUCUGGCUGAACGUACGAUCGAGAAACAGAAGAACUUGUACCUCUCCUACAUCGACUACACGAAAGCAUUUGACAGAAUCAAUCAUGCUAAACUGCUUGAAGUGAUGGAAAAGGCAAACAUCCCAGCAUGGGAGAAACCUGAUCAGCAAUCUGUAUUGGAACCAGUGGGCCACUGUGAGAACAUCUGCCGGUCCCUCGAACAAACUGAAGAUUCUUAG